AUGACAAGAGACAGCGCCGACGGCGCAAACGAUGGCGAUAGGGAGCAUGUAUCGCGCGUCCCGAUAACAGACUUGGCAGCUGUUGAAGAGAAUUUGGAUCUGGACGAGAACGACCUCAGUCGUGCGACUACCCCGGUGACCUCGCCCCAGCGCACGGAGACGACCACGACAGUUGAGAGGCCGUACAGCGCCUUUGGGGAGGGAAAGAAGUGGUUCAUCGUCACCCUCGCCGCAGUGGGCGCUACUACCUCACCGAUCGGCUCCAACAUUUUUGUCCCCGCGAUUCCGACGAUGAGCGACGCCUUUGGCGUCUCAAAGGCCAAGAUCAACCUCACCAUUGCCAUCUACUUGCCCAUCUUCAUCGGGACGAUUCUCAUCUUUACGCUCGCCGGUGUGGGUCAAGCUCUCUGUCCGACCAAUGCGUACUGGCUCCUCUUGCUCAUGCGCAUCGUGCAGAGCUCCGGUGCCAGCGCGACGAUAGCCAUCGGCGCUGGUGUUAUCUCGGACGUCGCCAGGCCGCAGGAGAGAGGCAAGUACCUCGGCAUCUUCAACACAUUAUCCUGCUUCGGACCGACACUGGGACCGCUCCUCGGUGGUGUGUUUGCGGGCAGCCUCGGAUGGCGGUCCAUUUUCUGGUUCCUCGUUUGCAUGGGCGGCGUCAUCCUCGUGCCCAUGGUACUGGAAGCUGACGCCAGCUCCAACGGUUCCGGCGUUGCGAUCGGUGGUAUCCUAACGGGUUUGCUUAUGGACAAGGUCUACCAGAAGGAGAAGAAGCGAGUGGGCGGAGACCACAGGACACAUCCCGAGUUCCGGCUUGAGAAGGUGCGCCUAUCGUUCCUCCCCUGGCACGCUGGCAUGCUCGUCAUUUCGGCAAUUGCUAUGGGAUGGACGAUGCAGGAGCACGUCCACGUCUCUGUCCCGCUCAUCUUUACCUUCAUUUGUGGUCUCGGCACCAGUCUGCUCACGACGACGACAAUCUAUGCCAUCGACCUUGCGCCAGUCGAAGUUGGUACCGUUCAACCCAUGUUCAAGGCGAUGGGCGCGGGAUGGAUGUUCGUGCUGCUCGCCGGCAUCUGCGUACUCGUGACACCGCUCCCGAUCAUGGUCGCCAGGAUAGGACCGCGUCUACGCAGGGAGCGUGCAGAGAAGGCGAAGAGACAAGAGGAGGAGCUUGCGCAGGAGCGCGAAGCUGCUGCCACUGCGGCGGAAGUUCAGGAGGAAGGGGACGAGAAGAGCAAAGCUAGUGACGAGCUGACACCAGCGCACGUCCGAAUCGCCACCCACGUCCAGACACGAGAGCAGGUAGCAUGCAAGAUCCUUCCCGCGCUGCACUGGGAUCCGAACAUCGCCGCCGACUGGAACGCCACCCUCGACGCGGUUGAGGCGCACAAGGAGGUUGUCAUUCUGAAGGCCUUCGCCGGGGCCAAGGUCCCCGGCGUCGUCGAGCUCGUCGGUGUGCUCGAGGAAGGUGGCUGGACCAUGCCGAACGAGGCCCACCUCCGCCCCUUCUUCGCCAAGCUCCUGCAUACACUGCACACCAUGCACCAGAUCGGUAUCAGCCACGAUGACCUGAAGCGCGCCAAUAUCAUGGUCGAGAAGUGUGGCACGCGCAUUGAGCCUGUUCUUGUCGACUUUGGCUUCAGCCAGUUCUUCCCUCAUGGCGGCCACCUCUUGAGCCUCGGUGGCACCUUCGAUUAUUCGUGUCCAGAGAAGAUCGCUGAUAGGCCCUAUGAUCCCAAGGCGAACGACGUCUGGUCCACCGGUAUCCUCAUGAUGAAGGCGCUCGGGCUUGGCCAUCCGUACCUCGAUGGCACCGACGGCGACUCGGACCUUGGAAGAAUGCGCAUCGCGGCAGGUACCCCCCGUUGGAGGUGGACCAAGGAAGACAGGAUCCCCGGCGGGCGCGGCGAGGUUAUCAUGGGUAUGCUGGAGCAUAACCCAAGCAAGCGUUGGAAUGAGCAGCGUUGGGCAAACAUGCUGUACGAGUGGGAACGCGGCAUGGAGCUUGAAUGGGAGGACAUUCAGGCGGCCAAGCUGCCUGCGGAGAGCAAGCGCAGUUACCAUUCCCACCCUGAAAGAGAUCCACCUUUCACCUGUGAGCUUGAGGUGCUACCAGGAGCUGACUUUCAGGCCCCGAAGAAGAACGGCACGCCGGGCAAGUACGCAACUCCAACGAAAGCAGCACCCAAGCCUGCGACCCCCAGACAGUCUAUGACCCCGCUGUCGCGCAAAGACAUCAACACGCCACUGACCCCGUUGACCCCGGUCACGCCCGAGACUCCGCCUCCGCUGUAUGAGGCUGCACCUCUGCUUGAGAAGGGCCGCUUGAAGGGCAUGAAGGGUAGAGGUGUCCCCGAUACCCCCGCGCGCAAGACGGCCGCAACCACCGGCAUCGCCGCCGCCGUCGCCGUCAGCAAAAAGUCGCCGACCGAGCUUAAGCAAGUUGGCAGCGGUGGACGUCGCAAACUCGGACAGCCUGUCAAGACGCCUCCGCGCAACAGCCCUCAGAGCGACAAGGAGAACGUGCCCAUCCGCCGCGCGUUUGUGGCCAAGACGAGCUUGUAA